GUCAUUGCCGCAUAAUUGUCUCCUUUCAAACACGGCUCUGCCUCACCGCUCUGCUUAGCUAUAUAUUUCCCAGAAGUGAUUGUUAUCAAACGCUCACGCUGCUGGUUCGUCUCCUGUUACCUCUUACACAUUACACAUUACACGUACACCUUAGUUCCUAUUUAUCGUCGUUUCAGUCCUGCGCGCUCCCGACCGGCCCACUAUUCUAGUCAGUUCGGUGGUUUCCUUAUUUCACCAAGCCCGUACUCGAGUGUACUAUCAGAGCCAAAAUCUACAAGUUGGUCGGAGGAAGGAGUAUAGCAAUAGCAGAUUAAAACUGAUCUUCAAAUCUCCGAAUGGCAGAGCCCAGUGGUCCUGGUCUUCUCGCUCCGCCUAAGUCCCUUCCCGGUGGCUCUAGCGCACCGCCUAUCAGAAAACCAGUCAUAGCGGAGGAGAGAAAGGCCAAGGGUACAAUCCCGCAAUUCGGCCAGUUUGGUGACAACAACGUUGGGUACACGGGUGUGUUCGCGGUGAAGAAGCAACAACGAAGACAAGGCGACGACGACUUGUUUCCGGAGCCUCAGCCGAUGGGAACAUUCGACCAGCCUGCAGCUCCGGCCGCCGCACCCCCUGCUGACUCGCCUCAACAAGGUUGCUGCUCCAUUCUAUGAGCAAUGUCUGCCUCUCAGGCAUUGCAACUUCUGCCUUUCAACGACCACAAUCAUCUUAUUUUCGUGCUCUGCGCUUUUUCUGCUCGUAAGAUCCUUUGCGGGGUGCUGCUGUAUGGCGUUUUGGCGUGAUAUUAGAAUUAGAUAUGCCUCAACUAGUACUGUAGACCAGCUGGUGAAUGGGGGGGUGUUGCAGAAUUUCCAGCAGAGCUGUGAAUAGCAGGCCUGCCUCACCGUUUUGCUUUAGUACUGAUGUACACAGUGAGCAGUAGUUUGUUCCCUUAGGCUUUUGUUUUGCAAGGUUGUUCGAACUUGGUUGUGUAGGAGGCACUACUAUAAACCGCUUGUAGUAUAGACGGUUGUUCUCU